GUCGAGGCGCCCGACCACAGCACAACAGGACCUGUUCUUGGUUCGAUGAAAUGUGCACCGCUGGUUGGACAUGUUCUAAUGUCGCUGGCGUCCUCAAGAGGAAAUUGAUCCUUCGUUAAUCUCUGGACGCUAGUUUUCUCCAUCUAGCUUCAGUUUCAUUCUGAGAUCUACAUUCGUGCCUUUCGUGUCUGCCUUUUCCCCCUGUCAGACAGGCGGGAAGCCGAGGGGCAGCUGAAGGGGCAGCCGCCCUGGCUGGUCGCUGGUCCCAUAGCUUUUAGUUAGAAUGCCUGGCUAAGUGACCUCUGUCCUCUUGGAAGAUACGACAGACAGCAUAACGGUCUCCCCUUUGACCUUGUUUGCGAGUGAUGUAUGUCUUGGAGCAAGCGUGACGGGAGUGUGCAGGCUACCUGGGUACGCACCUAGGUGCCUGGCAGGUAGGCAGGCAAGCAUACGCUGGGCAACAAGCAGGUGUUAGGCCAGUGCCUUGCCGUGUCUUUUGAGCCCGUGAGGACGAAGUGAUAGCGUUGGUGUGGUGGGAAAGAGCGGACGUGAGCAGAGGGAAAUCAUGACCCCGUUCGUUGUACUUGCCCGGUUGGAUGUGCCAUAUGCCUUCCUGCCUUCCAAGGUUGUCUCAAAGGACGGCGUCUUCCUGUUGUCUUGUGUGUGUGUGUUCUGUGUGUUCUCUCCUCAAGCUCGAACCAGCUCGAUGCCCAGACACUCUUUUGGUAGUCUUGAGCCCGCUUUGUUCUGUCUUGAUACGGUGCACCACGUCCUGUCUUAAUCUGUCUUAUCCUGCAGCACUUCUCGACAGCCAGUCCGCUGGGCCCAGAAUGUCCAUCUAAGAUGGACAUGAUCCUUUUCCUGUGGCUGGUUAUCCUGGCUGUCAUGAUAGUCUUUGCCUUUGCCGGCAUUUUCGUCUUGAUAAUCCCCGUAAUCGACCCGGACCACGCAGCUCAGAACGCCAGCCGGUGUUGAAUACCACCACAGCCAACCAUCCAACAGCGAGCAGUCAAUCAAGAGGCGUGACUGAGGCGGGACUGGGCACGCCUGGCCCACACGAAGACGAGUUGUUGAACUCGUGACCGACCUACCAGUAGCCACCAAGUCGCACACCAUGGCGCCCAAGAAGAACAAGAAAAACAAGCCAAACAAGUCCCCCUUCGAGAAGCUCUUUUCUUCCGAUGUACGGGCCGACAAGGGGCUGCAGGAGAUUCGAGACAACAUCUACUCUUUUGCCUGGUCUCGCGCUCGUCGCGACGAGGCCAAGUUGGACUGGGCCCUGUCUGAGAACGGCGUUGAUCGCAAUGUUCUCGUGAAGCGGCCGACAAAAGCCUUGUCUGGGCCAACCGGUGACCACAUCGAUGCGCUGCCCUGCUGGCUAUUGGUCAACAAGCGCAUCUCGGCGGACUUUCUUCGUUUCAUAUACUCGGUGAACCAAGUCGAUAUCCUUGUGGAUCUGAAGGCCACCGAUACAGAGUUGAACAGGGCCAAACUUGACAAAAUUGUCCAUCUUUUGCAGAACGCCAACUUCCAACUCUACACCAAAUCAGCCCGUGUCCGUAUCCAUUUCCCCGACAAAUACCCUUUCCAGGACUUGCCCAAGUUCAACCAGCACGCACUCGACAAUAUCGCCUGUGCCUUGGACGAGUUCCAAAACCUCGAAAGCUUGUGUGUACGCGUGGUCCCAAUGCAAGGCCCAGAGGACUAUGAGCUGCGGCUCGCGGCCUUCCCAUUCUACCCCAUGUCUAUGACAAAUUGGUCGAUUUGCAUGCUCAACUCGACCACCUUCGAGUGGGAACCCGUGCUAGGAGAGCAGCUCAACCAACUUGAUUUGGCUUGGACUUUGUUCCAGGAUAAUGGAUCACUGACAGCGCCUGUCCACGCUCCAAUCGUCGCAGAGAAACCUGCCAUCCACAAUGAUCAGACGCCCAGCGCCAAGGGUACUGAUGAUGCACAGAAGAACAACGAAGGGUACCAGAAGAAGACGAAGAAUGGCAGUCAAAAGAAAAAGGGUCGCAAGAAGGGGGCUGCCUCUAUUUCCACAGAUCCACCUGCGAGCAAAACUACGUCGGAGGUACCGUCUGCUGAUCUGUCAUUGCGACCAAAGUCGCCUUUCUUGGAUCCUCCGACAGGCGUCGGAUCGAGUUCACUUCCCGUUCACAACACAAGCUCUGGCACGAAGUCCUCUCCAAUCAAAUCAUCAAUUACUGAGAUGCAUUGUAGCUCCGCUGGAGAGUCUGCUAGUACGGCGUCACCUGCUUACGACGCUGUCGAGCCUGCCCGUCCACGCGCGCCAUCUUCAUCAUCGACCAAGCCAGAAUCUACUUCUGCUGCGGAGCAUAAGACUCGUCGAGAAAUGAGCGAUGAAGUGACAGACAACAAAAAGACAGUGGAAGAAUGCCCUGUUCCUGCCAGCGUCACUGAGACAGCACCACGCGAAUCUGUGACCCAGCUGGGACCACAGAACGCAUCCCCCACUAGUUCGGCCGCGAGCUCAGUCACAUUGGGCAGAGAUCAGAGCGAUCAUGAAAAUGAGGUUCACGACACAUUCGAGACAUCGUCACACGGGGGAACCACACUGAGGGGGGCAGGACCAGAGAGUGAGAAGCCAGCGCGAAAGAAGAGAAAGAAUCGGAAGAAGGGUCAAAAGACUCAAGUGUCUGACACGGCAGCCACUUCCGUGUCACUCGCUGACUCAAAUGACGAAAGCGAACAACAGAACUCCGCUGACAUAGAUGGGGGCUGUCAUGCGGUGUUUUUUUCCGCGGAAUCUACCAACCUCAUCCUCGCGGAAAAGGGCGCCCUCGAGGAACAAGGGUGGGACGGCAUGUUUAGACAUGGUCACCGGCCCUUUCCCCUGUCAGAAAUUGCUGAGCUGAAACCCUUGGAUGGCCACACAAGACUGCUUCAGUACAAGAGGACAAAUGGGAACAAGGGGAUCCUCGAGGCCGGGCCUGAUCUCGACAGACUCAUGCGUCAGAAAGAGAGGCUGGCCGCCAGAGAAACAGAGAGGCAGGCGGAGAAAAUGAGAGCCAAGGGCAAGAGGAAGAACAAGAAGGUGAAAGAGGUCAUGAUUCGACGCAAGGAGCCUUCUGAUGGGCUCAGACGGAGAUUCGAGGACACAAAGCAACGGGCUGCCAGCAACCAGGGGAGCGACCUAAGGAAGCGAUUCAAAGAAAUCACGGCCGAGGGUUUCGAGGAUGCCGUACCUGAGGCACAGGGUAUUGGCCUUGAGCAGACGGAUUCUAGCGACUUCUCCUCAGAUGAUACCCCGUCCUCUCCAGAACAAGCUCACCGAUUGCCUCUUCGCCAGCCCCGGUUCGGUACAAGCCAUGACUCCUACCGAAACUGUCCGAUGGGUGAGCAACGUUUGAUUGAAGAGGUAGAAGACUCGGACGAUGACGCAUCCGUCGUUCGCCAGUACAGCGACGAAGGACCUCCAUCGGUCUCUGAUGACGAAAGUCAGAGGACCGAAGCGUAA